CCAAUCCACACAUAAAAAUCUAAGAUGGUCCAAGUGUAACAGGUCAUCUUUGCAGUUGAGAUUUUCAAGGUCUUAUUUAGCACCCCUGUUUGAUGAUAUUCAUUCAGGUUGAUGAGCGAAAGAGAUAAAAUCAUUCAUAUAAAAAGAUAAAUACAUAAGUUUUAAUAUGAUUUGAUUAAUCGUACCUACAAAUAUGGAUGAGAAGAAUCAUUCAAUUAAUAGGAGAUAAAAGAUAGAUACAAUUAUUGAGCAUUAAAACAUCUAAAGUUUUUCUGUUCUAUCCUUUACAUUUAUAUCAUGAAUCAUGAAUUCUCAUAGUUUCACGAUUUACAUUUUCUUCUUGGUUACAUAAUUUUUCUUUCAUGGCUUAAAAUCUUUGUAAUAAUUUUUUAUCGAAUAAAAAUAAAUGUAUUUUUACAAGAAAAUAAUAAUAAUCUAUAUAAUAUUUUUUUUUACUAGAAUGAAUAUCUAUCAAAUAGGAAUUUGAGCAAUAAACUCUCAGCAUGGUCCAUUCUCAUGGCACAAGCCCUUCAGGUAUGAUCCAACAAGGGUCCAUUCUUUGCUGAUUACCGUUCAAUGGUGUCUUUUACUAGAGCACGGUAGACGAUUAGAGCAAAUGUCACCGGGAAGGUAACCUCGGCAGUGCCAUGAGGCUGGGUCAGCUAGUCGACAGGUUGGAGUGUCAUUACAUCAACCAGAAUUGACUUUGAUUUUGAUAUCUGGGGUGGGUUCAUGCCAUAAAUAAUUCUGAGAGCUUCAUCUCAAAGGAAGUACUUUAAUCUUGAUGAUCAGUCAAGUGGUUUUGGGUUCUAAUCACAUGAAAGCUGCGUCACCCACACGUUAACAGUAGCGGAACUUAGUACAUUACAAACGAGGUUUAUGCCCCCCAUGGCUCCGAAGGAUCCAUAAUUGUAGGGCUGGCAAGCUUCACAACCAGUUGCCCAUUUGCCCCUUCCAUUUUUCCAGGACUAGCUGAAUAGGUUUCUUUAAAAUUCAGGUGACUUGUAGUCCCUUCUUGGAAAGGAGAAUAAUAAUCAAACAGUUACAAUUUUUAAAGCAGGGGCUGUAAUGCAUUUUUGGAAGCUUGCUUGACGCUUUCCAUCAAAGUCAAGCAAACACAUUCUUAGCUUUUAGAAGUCUAUAUAUAUAUAUGACAAAAUACAUAUAAAUCCAUAGAAUAAUGGUAGAAGAGCUGUUUCUCAACUGGUUAUUCAUAUUGAGAAGAGGAUUUACAAGAAUUGUGCAGCACUCCGUGGCCUGGAUUUCACUAAUUCUCCCUUAUAAAAUUUGCCUCUGGCCUCUUCCCUUUUCCAUCUCUCUUCUCCAUUCUUGUAGAAUACCUGAAAUAUUCAACUGGAGAAGGGACAUAAAGGAGAGAAUUUUAGUUGCGUGAUAAACAUGAAGAUGCAGAGAAGAAAUCCUCGUCUUUUGGUGGCUUUCUUUGUUGUACUCGCUGCCAUAGAGGCCACCUUUGUCCUGGCUCAAGGCAACGGUAAUGGGAAUGGCAACAACAACGGGAACGGAAAUGGGAACGGGAAUGGAAACUCAAACAACAGGACGGCAGCCGAGGAAGCUGCUUCAACUAAUUACACAAUGUUGUCAUCAACAGCAAAAGGGCAGGAGCGCGCUUUCUGCAAAGCCAGAGGAGCCUGCUACUUCAAGACCCUCGUGUGUCCGACAGAAUGCCCACAGCGGAAGCCCAAGAAGAACAGGAAGAAGAAGGGUUGCUUCAUUGACUGCGGUAGCAAGUGUGAAGUUACUUGCAAGUAUAGAAAAGCAAAAUGUACUGGAUACGGCUCUCUCUGUUAUGACCCUCGAUUCAUUGGGGGUGAUGGAGUGAUGUUCUACUUCCAUGGCGCAAAGGGAGGAGACUUCGCCAUUGUAUCAGACGAUAACCUUCACAUCAACGCACACUUCAUCGGAACCCGACCUGCAACAAGAACCCGCGACUUUACAUGGGUCCAAGCAUUCUCUGUCAUGUUCGACACCCACACUCUCGUCAUUGCCGCAGACAGGGUUUCUCACUGGGACGAUGACGUUGAUGCCCUCAUAGUAAGGUGGGAUGGGGAGACAGUUACCAUUCCCACAGAUGGAGAGGCCGAGUGGAGGGUGGAUUGUGGAGAGAGAGAAGUGGUGGUGGAAAGAACUGAUGAUACUAACAGUGUAAGGGUGACGGUGGGUGGACUCGUGGAAAUGGAUGUGAGGGUGACACCCGUUGGAGCAGACGAGAACCGGGUCCACAACUACCAGUUACCAGCGGACGAUGCAUUUGCUCACUUGGAAACGCAGUUUAGUUUUAAAAACCUGACAGAAAGCGUGGAGGGGGUGUUGGGCAAAACUUACCGUCCAGGCUAUGUUUCCCCAGUCAAGAGAGGGGUCCCCAUGCCCGUGAUGGGUGGGGAAGACAAGUAUAGAACUCCAUCCCUGUUUUCACCGCUCUGCAAGCUCUGCAGGUUCCAACCACAAGUUGGUCUCACCUCCGCUCAGGGUGUAUCUGAAUACUGAUAUUCUAUCAAAGAAAAUAUAUAUAUAUAUAAAAAAAAAAUGCUCUUUGUGUUUGGAUUGUUUACAAAAAUAAGGGCUCUUAAAAUGCCCAUUGGGUAUUCGUUUCAUGUAAGAAGUAUGUAUGUAUGUUUACAACAGGAAGCAGUUUCAAAGGUAGAAGCUCCUUGAACUGAUCUUUUUGUUGAACAAACACCAGCAAAAUGCACCAUAAAUCCUCUUUUAAUUAAUCA